AUGGCUAGCAUUCCGCCAAACGAACCGGACAACCCAUAUGAGCUCGGCGGAACCAGACACAUCGGUAUCAGCGACACGGAGUGGGAAGGCCAUCUUGACGAGUGGUUCUAUGCUCAUCCGGGAUUUCGUCGCCAAACCUACAUUGCUGAUCAUCAACCAGCAGACGGCCAAUUUGAGGUAUUAUGGAAGGAGAUAAUGGGUGUGAAACGUCUCAUCAUGGAUGAGCAAACAAAUCACGGUCCAAUGAGCCUUUUGGCUAACGUCAGACCCGUUCAAGCAAGCCUCGGAGAUGUUGUCAAACAAGCUGGACCUAUAAAAAAUGCUGUGUGCCUUGGGUUGGGCUCGAUUGAGUAUCGACACCCAUGGGACUACAACCACAACUUUGUCCAGCAAUGUGGCAUGUUCUUCGCCCUGUGCCAGAUGAUCGAAGAGAAGCAGAAUAUGCAGCUAGGAACUCUGCCAGUUGUGUUCCAAGAACCAAGAUUCGAGAUCGAGGACCGAUUCAUCCUUGAGAAGAUUGGUCGCCAGAUAAUUGUCGAAGCCCCUGAAGCAAACAACCAUAUGGACGUACAGUCGUUCGUCCAUGCACCUCACUUCCCAGGCAACCUUUUGUUCGACAUAAUCCUCAGACCAGGCCGUGAGCCAGAACUUCUUUACACAAACACCUUCCAUGGAGGAGACCUGGGUUGCAUUGGUUGGAACAUCACCGACAGUUAUCUGAACAAGGUAUACUAUACCAAGGAUACGACUCUCAACGCCGAGGCAAUCGAUUUGUACAACAAAGCAUGCCGUUUUCUCGCAACCCACGAGGGAAUCGUGUAUUGGGGUGUGUACGCCCACGAGUACCGCUAUCCGAGAUUGGCGAGAAUCUUGAAGGCAGCUUUCUCCAGAUCCUCCUUCUACUUGCGCAAACGCGAUGCGAUGACUUUGGAUCUUCUCAUGGCUAGAAUUGCUACGGCGUAG